AUGGAGAACAGAACAGCAAUUUCAGAAAAUGCACUGCUUACCACAAUCUGCAACUCAAUUCAAACGUUAGGCCGUGGGUUUGAUGUUACAUCUGAUAUUAGGCUGCUGUACUGUAAAGGGGCACCUGGUUCUCGCUUAGUGCAUAUUGAUGAUGAGCACACCCAGAAUCUUGAAAUCGCCGAAAAUCAGGUUAUCCCAAAUGUCUCUAUUGACAUCGACUGCUCCAAAGGCCGCAGUUCCACUGAGACCACCCCGGUUUGGCCCUUCCAUGAGAUGGCAAAAUACUUCAGUGAGAAGUCUUAUGUACCUGGACACGUGCCACUGGGAAGCUUUAAUGCUAUGUUUAAUUUCACUGGCUCGUGGCAGCUUGAUGCAGCAGCUACGAAGUCCCUUGCAAUGGUUGGUCGUAUCAUGCCAUUAUUUAAGGUCAAAUUAUCAAAAUCCAAUUUAGUUUUGCAUGAUGACAUCAAGAACGCAGUUCCGUAUUCUUGGGACCCCGCAUCGUUGGCAAGCUUUAUUGAGAAUUACGGCACCCAUAUUGUCACCUCUGCAACAAUUGGUGGAAGGGACAUGGUCUAUAUUAGACAGCACCAGUCAUCACCUUUGUCAGUUUCAGAUAUUGAAAACCACGUGAAAGACAUUGGAGACCAGAGGUUCACUGACUUAAAAAGCCAUACAAAUGCCGGCCCCUUAAAAUACAAGGACAAGGAUGUUACUGUGAUCUUCAGAAGAAGAGGGGGGGAUGACCUUGAGCAGAGUCAUGCCAAGUGGGCUCAGACUGUAGAAGCAGCCCCAGAUGUGAUCAACAUGACAUUUGUUCCCAUUGUCUCUUUGCUCGAAGGAGUUCCUCGAAUAAAGCACCUGAGUCGUGCUAUAGAAUUAUACUUGGAAUACAAGCCACCUAUUGAGGAUCUACAAUAUUUCUUGGACUUCCAAAUUUCUCGGGUUUGGGCUCCAGAGCAGAACAAUCUACAAAGAAAGGAGCCUGUGUGUCCAUUCCUUCAGUUCAGUUUGAUGGGUCCAAAGCUUUAUAUAAGGCCCGAUCAGGUGACAGUUGGGCGUAAACCAGUCACAGGCCUCAGACUCAGCCUAGAAGGCAGUGCGCCCAAGUGGCAGGGUCCCGAAGAGCAGGAUAGCCGAUGGUUUGAACCAAUCAAGUGGAAAAAUUUCUCACAUGUGAGCACUGCACCUAUAGAGUAUACUGAUACAUGCAUCGGAGAUCUAUCUGGCGUUCACAUUGUCACCGGUGCUCAGCUUGGUGUCUGGGAUUUUGGUGCCAAAAGUGUAUUACACCUUAAACUUCUCUUUUCCAAAGUACCCGGGUGUACAAUAAGGCGUUCUGUGUGGGACCACAGCCCUGCCAACCUGUCUGCUCCACAAAGACCUGAUGGUUCAUCAAGUUCACUGUCAAACGAGAAAAUCCCCGAUGAUAGAAAAUUGGAUGGUUCAAAUCAAGUCGGGAAACUGACAAAAAUUGUGGAUCCAACAGAAAUGUCAAAAGGACCCCAGGACAUGCCAGGCCACUGGCUUGUGACAGGAGCUAAGCUUGGGGUGGAGAAGGGAAAAAUUAUGUUACGGAUAAAGAACUCCCUAUUGAACUACUGA